CACUGAGGUCAGCAGAUCUGGAGUCAGACAACUUUCACCUGUGGGAACCAAAGAGACACUUUCCUCUCAGCCACAUGUGCCCCCCCCCCCUCUCUUUUCCUGGGAUCAGUCUUCUUCUUCUGAGACGAGCAGCGACGCCUCGGCCUCAUGUUUUAGGAUUAAAGCUUCACCCUCUUGAUUCAAACUGAAAACAAAGCAAAGGGAAAUCGUCAGAGUUCCACAGUGGAAACGUGAUUUAUGAUAAAAACGACAGCUUCCUUGGAUCUGAGGCGACUGAGGCCCUGAGAUGCAGACCCGUGUGAUCCAGAUCUGGGGUUUCCUGCUGACGGUGCUGGGCUGGAUCUUUGUGGCGUGCACGAUGGCCAUGGAGGGCUGGAAGAUCACCUCCAUCGGGGGCAUGGGGGGCUCCUCCAUCAUCAAGGUGGCCUGGUACUGGUCCAGCCUGUGGAGAUCCUGUUUCACCGACUCCACUGCCGUCAGUAACUGUUACGACUACCCGGUGCUGUGGUCUGUGGAGGGUUACAUCCAGAUCGUGAGGGGCCUGCUGAUGGCGGCUCUCAGCCUGGGGAUGCUGGGCUUCGUGCUCAGUCUGCUGGGGAUGGAGUGCACCUUCCUCGGAGGAAAAGACCGUUCCAAGUACAAGAAGAUCUACGCUGGAGGGUGCUGCCACAUCGUCGGUGGUUCUCUGUCUGUCUGCGGCUACGCUGUUUACGCUCAGUAUGUUUCAGUCGAAUACUUCAACCCCGACUUUGAUGGACUGAAGUACGACCUGGGCACUCCUCUGUUCCUGGGCUGGGUCGGCUCAGCUUUCCACAUGACCGGAGGGUUUUUCUAUCUGUGGUCUGUGUGCACGCCGCUCUGUGGAGGAACAAACACGGUAAUCAACAUUCAGCCAAUAGCCGACCCAGAACAAAACAAGUCCACCACGGCUCUGUCUUCAGUGUCAGAGAUCACGUCUAAGACCAAAGUGUCGUCCGUCUCUGAGCUGUCGUCCAGGUCCGAGCGCUCAGACGUGUCGGCCAUCUCCUCAAGAUCAGAGCGCACGUCCAAAUCAAGACGCACGGCCAAGUCAGGACGGUCGACGAAGACAGGGCGAAGUAUUAAGUCUGCAGGGUCGGGGCUGGGGUCGGGGUCAGGGUCGGGGUCAGGGUCAGGGUCGGGGUCAGGGUCGGGGUCGGGGGAGGGGUCAGAGUCCGGCCUCUCGUUGAGGUCCAGCAUUCCGACUCUGUCCGAGUCGAGGAGCAGCAGCAGCAGCCAGACGGUCUCGUCUCUGUCCAGCAGCUCGAGGAGCGAGACGACGCCGUUCAUCAGAAACUCUUUUAUCUGAGGAGAAACAAACUGGACAGUUCAUGAAGCUUUAAAUUCAACUGGAUGUUUCGUGUGAAUAAAAACUGAUGAAAUCCUGUGUUUUAAAAAGAAUAAAUGUGUUAAAUCUUCUGUCUGUUUCGUUCAUUCCUGAGACGUGUCUCGUAAUAAAGUCGUUUAUCAGUGAAAUGA